AUGGUGGACGACUACAUAUCGGCGGACAAGACCCCUCACCAAGUCUUGGCGGACAUGGGAGUCGUGGAAACCAUGGGUCUAGGCCCGGACUCCGAGGGCCCGCUAAUGAUCCUGUCCACCGUCCACAAGAUCAAGGGGCUGGAGUACGACACCGUGGUGCUCGCAGACGACUUUUCCUUCGAGCCGAAUCUGAGGAAAGAAUCCAAGGAUAAGGAGGGUCUAGAAGUGUACGGAAUGUUGAAGGAAGGAAUAGGGUUCAAGGACUACCUACAUGGACCAAUGGAUGCAGGAACAAAGCUUAAGGUCAAAUUCAGGACCGGGGACAUAGGCCUUCGAGAACGUCGACGAAGACAUAGGACGGUAGACGAGGAAGACGACGAGUUCAAAUGUGAUUGCGGCUUCGAAUGCGAAGACCGUGUUCAUGUAGUCGCGGAAUGUCCGUGGUACACGAUGGAGAGGCAAGUGUACGUGACUGAGCU